UUGCUACCGUGACGUACGUUCGGCUUCUGCAAGAGAAUCAUCUGGAACCAGAAAUCGGUUUCUGAGAUUGUUUUCCCGUCAGUGAGAGCGAGAGGUUAUGGUAAGAUGGAUUUCUGUGCGUUGGGCGAGGAUCUGGAUGACGACGUUGCUGCGCAGUACGUUAUUCACCAAAGCCUGCGGGACGUCCACAGAAAGGAGUCCGUCAUCGAGACCAUGGAACGCAACAGCACAUUUUCCCUGAGUCCUGAACAUGAGAAGAUUGUGGCAGCGAUACGGAACGGUGCGGAGGAGGUGCUGGGGAAGUUAUGUUGCCAUCAGUCGGCAUUUCUAGAGUCUGACGCCAGAGGCUGGACUCCGCUGCACGAGGCGGCCGUGCAAAUAAAUAAGAAUAUUUUGGAGAUGGCGUUUAAAUCCUCCAGCCACAGCGCGGGGGAGCCGCGGACGGCGAGAGGGGAGACCCCGCUAUUCCUGGCCGUUGACAGCGCUAGACUAGAAAACGUUACCUUCCUUCUCUCUAACGGCUGUGACCCGGAUGCAAAGAACGACGCGGACGAAUCUCCGCUGGUGACAGCGAUACGCCGCGGCUCGUACGACAUCGCCUCUCUCCUCUUACGUUGUCACACAAACGUGGAUCUGCCCUGCGCCGACAACAGGACUGCCCUGCACGAGGCGGCGAAGCUGGGUAAGAAGGAUAUGACGGGGCUCCUGCUGCGAGCCGGCGCCGACCCAAACUUCACCAGCAACUUCGGAUUCACCCCGUUGGCGCUGGCCGCGCAGCACUGCCACACGGACGUCAUGGAGAUGCUCAUUCAGAAAGGUGCCAGCGUGAUGGCACAGGCGUCCGACUCGGCCUCCAUUCUGUUCGAAGCGUCAGCCGCCGGAAACCCGGACGCCGUCUCUCUCUUGUUGGAAUACGGGGCAGAUGCCAACAUCCCCAAACACUCGGGGCAUUUACCCAUCCACAGGGCGGCCUACAGGGGGCACCUCCUAGCGCUGAGGCUCCUGGUCCCGGUCACCAAUCACGCCGCCAUCAGACGAAGCGGCAUCAGCCCCAUCCACUCGGCGGCCGCAGGCGCUCACCCCCAAUGCCUCGACCUUCUCAUCAGGACCGGCUUUGACGUUAACUUCAUGCUGGCCCAGCGGGUCCGAAAAGGCUACGACGACGAGCGGAAGUCCGCCCUGUACUUUGCGGUUUCCAACGGCGACGUUCCGUCCGCCAACUUGCUCCUCGAGGCCGGGGCUCUGCCCAACCGGGACCCCGUGAACUGCCUGCAGGUGGCGCUGCGGAUGGGGAAUUACGAGCUGGUGGAUCUUCUCCUCCGCCACGGGGCCAACGUGAACUACGUGUGCAGGGUUAACCCUUUACACUUCCCCUCGGCGCUGCAGUACGCUCUCAAAGACGAAGUCCUGCUGCGGAUGCUGCUGAAUUACGGAUACGACGUGCGCAAGUGCUUCGACUGUCCGUACGGAGAUAACGUCCAUACCCCGUACGGAUACGAAGGGUGGACCUCGACGGUCAUCAAGGACACGGUGUUCUGUGAAGUGAUUUCGGUGACCUGGCUCCGGCACCUCGGGGGGAACGUGGUCCGGGUCAUGCUGGAUUACGUCGAUCACGUUCCUCUAUGCUGCAAACUGAAAGAGGUUCUUCAACAGCAGAAACCAUGGCCGGAAAUCUACAGCAUAUCAACCAAUCCGCGCUCCUUGAAGCACCUUUGCCGGCUGAAGAUCAGGAGCUGCAUGGGGCGCCUGCGCCUGCGAUGUCCGGUCUUCAUGUCAUUCCUUCCGCUCCCCCAUCGCUUAAAAGAUUACAUCCAGUACAAGGAGCACGACCUGUACGGCCAACGCAACAUGGAGCGGAACUGGUGAUUGUGCCCCACGCGGUUUCCAUGGCAACGGUUUCCCGGAGCGCAGAAUACAAACCUUGGAAACAGUCAGGGAGACGAUCAUCCAAAUCACUCAUCAGAAAAACGGCAUUUACAUCAACCACGGAAAAAAAUACUAAAAUCAUUAACUCUUUGUGGUCACAGCUUCCCGGGCGCUUGUAUAACUUCUUUAGUAACGAUAGAUUGCGAGCUUAUCGGGCAAAGUUAGGUCAGUGCUUCACGGACAUUCGCAGAACGUGUAGAGCUCAGGAGGAUAGAGACAGCGGGCGAGAGGAUGUCGGACGGACAGAGACGCGCCAACCGAACUGGAAUACGAGAAAGUGCCUGCUGAGGCUUCUUACGCUUUUACUUUUGUUCCUCUUGAAGGGACGCUGUGGCACAUUCUGUACCCUAAUCUGUGCCGGGGGUUAACGCGCUUGCACCCGCAUUGAAUUCAAGGUUUUGGUUAUAAACAGACAGACUCUGGUUUCUGUAAAUUUCUGUUAAUAAAGUGUGCAUUUUUUUAAA